AGAUGAUGAACAUUAAUGGUGACGACCACAACCGGAACUGGUCCACGCUGCCGUGGUUAGCCAUCAAUUCCAUCGCCUGCAACCUCAACUCAGUCGAUUACGUCCGCUUCCGCUCCACUUGCACGGGAUGGCGCAGCAGCACACAAGAACGCGAGAAGGCCCCUCUUGUGAUCCUCAUGGACCGUGACAACGAAGGUGAUACCAUAAAGGCUCUUUCCUUCUUCGACAUCAUAGGCAAAGGGAUCAUCCCUCUCCGGCCUGUGGCCUACCAGGUCGUUACCAAUUCCUACUACCUCGGUUCCGCUAGUGGAUGGAUCUUCGUUGGCAGACAUACUGCAGCUGGUGAAAAUGGUAAUCAAGAACAACUAAGCAUCACACUCCUGAACCCAUUCACUGACAGGGUCAUCACCAUCAACCCCCCCUUGCUAACCAAGCAACGCAGAGGCCGUGUCUUUUUCGUGCACUCACCUCUCUCGCAUAAUGCUUUCACUCAUGUGGUUUACUACGUUGAUAUCGAUGAUGAAGGGCGCCCAGCUCAAGUGAAUUUCAUCAGUCUUGGGCCACCUGGCCCUGAAAACCAGUGGACCACAUUCUGGCUUGACGAGCCGCCCAAUGGUGUUAUAUCCAUUUCAGGUUACUUGUACGCCAACUACAACGGAAUACUCCAGGCGAUCAAUUUGGCGAACCAAAACCUUCUUCAAAUGAAUAUGCUAUUGCUGGGCUUGCUUCCUAAUCUGUCAUCAGAUCCAGCUCUUUUCUUGAGGUUCUUUAAUGAUCUUUGGGGCCAACUGCAUGUUCUUUUCACCACCUCUUAUCGGACAAGAUCGCACUGUUUCUUGCGGACGAGUCCCAUGCCAAUGGAAACCUUGGGCGUGCACCACUAUAGGGCACCCUUGAAAUUUUCAAUGCUACCAACACGGAGCCUGGUGAUCUCGAAUGAUUUGACGGUUGAAUUACGAUACCAGCAGACUACUGUACAUAUAGAUGAUUACUCUCCAUUUCGUCUGCUUCUCAGACUCUCAACGUUCUGGAAUAAUGGUCAAAACCAAUGGGAACCCGUGGGCUGGAUUACUCCUGCUUUAAUUCGCUAUGAUCAAGAUCAAGUACUGUACUAGAGUAAUGGCUUGGCAACUGAUCGAGGGUUAUUCUUUGGAGUUCGCAUACUUGUUUAAGCUUUGAUUCUGAUGUAUUUUCUUUUUUCUUAGUUAUGAUUCCUAGUUAUCAAAGUAUAUACUUGAACUCAAUGAGCAUGCCCAU